AUGUUUGUGAAGAACAUCUUCCCGCUCUUCUCCGUUUGUGUCUUUGGUGACAUCGUCGUGGCUCUCUACGUCAUGUUCUACGCCAAAUACUGCUCUGACCAAGUGUAUGUGGUGAACACCCUCAUAAUUGGUGGAAUUCCUUUCGUUCUACUCACUGUCCACGCCAUUUUGGUUGCGGUUGGAGCUAUUGACCAGUCGAGAGACCAACUUGGUGCCGUUUUUGGCUAUUUGGCGAAUAUAACAACAUUCGCCGUGUUCGUGUCACCUUUUGAGAAGAUCAGGCUGGUGAUUGAGACUAAAUCGUCCGCAGCCAUCCCAGUAUUUCUGUGUGCGCUCAACUUGAUCAACAGUGGCUUAUGGGUCGUCAACGGAGUCGUGGAUAACGAUUUGUUCAUUAUUGUACCCAAUGCUGUCGGGGUUGCUCUAUCUGGCAUUCAGGUUAUCCUAGACAUCGCGUCGGCAAGCAAGGCCGGCAGUGAGCAGGACGUUGUUAUGGAUUUGGAAGUGGACACUGCCACGAAAACGUCUACAAGCUCAGUGUUCGCGCAUUUGGUAUCGCCAAAGACUCCCACUACGCAGUAG